GGAUUACUAUAUCCAGGAUAUGAUUUUUCCUUGUAUUGGGCCUGGAAUACUCUCCACUUUUACAAUCGUAAUCUUUUUUUUCCAUAAUGGAUACCAUGUGCACCAUCUCCUGUUUGGACAUAGCUGUAGCCUUUCUCCUGCCACCGUCAUCCUCAGCAGUAGGCCUUCUGUCCCCCCCAUCUUUCACACCUGCAUCUCUCCUUUCAUCAGUAUUUUGCAUUCUCUUAGCUGUUGACUUGCUUUUCUCACCUCGCACCUUCAUGUCUCCACAAUACUGCGCCCGUCUGUCUGACGUCGCAAACGGAAGUAGGCGGAGCCUGUUAGAAAAAAAACUACGAUAAAUACGACCGUUCGUUCCAGUGUUCCCUAGCAACGAACGGACGGGUAACAGUCGUGGAAACCUGGAAGAAUCUAUUCGUUUCAUCACGAAUUUUCGGCCACAAAGUACUCAUCACUUGGUAACAAUGGAAAAAUUUUCAAACCCCGAGUUCCUGAGGGAAUUUAUUGAGUUGUACCAGUCUUUUCCAUGUUUGUGGAAAGUAAAAUCGGGGGACUACAUGAACAGGAUCAAACGUGACAAGGCAUAUGCAGAAUUGAUAAGCCUCUGCAAAUCUGUUUGCUCGUCGGCCGAUCUUCAAUAUGUAAAGAAGAAGAUAGCAAAUUUAAGGACUGUUUUUAAAAAAGAAAUGAACAAAGUACAGGCCUCAAAAAAAUCAGGUGCCUCUGCGGAUGACAUCUAUGUGCCAAGAUUGUGGUACUAUGAUCUGCUAGUGUUCACAGUGGAUCAAGAGGUGGCAAGGGACUCCAGGUCCAACUUUUCAAAUCAGGGCCUUGAAAAACAACAAUCGACUGAGGCUAGCCCAGCAGAGGAUGUGACAGAUGUGACAGCACAGAGUAGCAGAGCUGCAGAUAUAGAAGUUGAGGACCAAACAGAACAUCUGGCCCAGAUUCCACAGAGCAGUACUUUGAUAGAAGAAGGUAGUCAACAUGAAAUGGCAGGUGCAAAGGGUUCACAGGGUAGAAACAGAAAAAGAAAAAACAAUCCCUCCACACAACAGCUGUUACACGAUGCAGAAACCUUACUGAACACAAAGUCUGAUGAGUUUGACGCCAUUGGUUUUACAGUUGCGUCCAAACUCAGGAGGAUGGACGAAGAGCAGCGGCAAUUUGCCGAAUAUAUCAUUAAUGAAGCGCUGCAUAGAGGGUUUAGGAAAACACUUCGUGAAAGCACAAGACUCACAGACUACACCACUACUGAUUACAGGAAUUACAACAGUUUUCCGCAAGCACCAUUACAACAGUAUCCCCCAAAUGCAAACAUGCACCAGAUAUGUACACCGCCUUCCACUUCUCCAUACGAGCAGCAAACUACAUGGACAUCCAUGCUGUCACCUAUACCCCCAAAUAAUGGACACAACAACAUGUCUAGCUGCGAGACGGAGAAGCAACAUUUGCAUUAUUCACAUCUGUGA